AAUUUAGAAAGAAGAAAGGGCGCUCUCGGAGAUGGACAAGAGGUCUCCGAAGUGCGGAAAGCCAUUGAGGAGGACUAUAAUAUACAAAGCAAGGUGGACGAAUUCAAGUUAAUAAAACAAAUGGAACAAGAAGCGGGGUCUAAAAAAGAAGAUUGCCCCGUAACCAAGUCCACCUUUAAUGAGGUCAAAGACUUUGUAAGUGCCAUACAGGAUGGAACAGGAAAGAGUAGACCUAACUAA